AUGUCGAUUGUUGAAUUGAGCAACGAAGCAGUCUUUCAGCUGCAUAAUGGUAACAUCGACUCCGCAACGAAGAUCCUGGAGCAGGCACUCAAGUUGAUCGUUGCAGAUCACAGCGGUACAGCCGCUCCAAUGUCGGUAGCAAAUCGCUCCUGUGUUGGAUACGAAGGACAGACUGUGGAGGUGGAGGCUCCCAGUCCAGAUCUUGUCGGGGCAAUCAACCUGUACCACUUGGCGCUGCUCAACCAUGCCCAAGGGAUUCAGAAUGGCAACAGCACAGGAAAGCUCUCGUAUGCAAAGAAACUUUACCAUCAUGCUCUUGAGUUCGUCAAGAAGCACAGUCAAGUCUUCGGCUCUAGGCGAGCCCUCCUCGUGUCUCUUGCAAUCGCCAACAAUCUCGGAGAACUGUUCUGGCAGGAGCUACAAGAUGUCGUCGAGGCAAAGAAAUGCUAUUCGCUCGUUCGUGAAACGUUGCGAUACAUGGAGCACUUGCGUUCAUUCCAAUCGGAGAGAUGCAGCGAGAUGGAGUACUCCUUCUUCGCCACGAACACAAUGAUUCGCAUGGGCACCGACAUGCAGACAGCAACUGCUGCAUGA